ACAUGAUCGAUUGACCUGAAAGCCUAGAAAACAGGCUAAAUGGAACUCCGGGUCAGUAUUUUGAAAUAUUCAUAGACUUAGACUCUUUUCUGAUUGGUUUAAAGUUGUUGCUUAAAUAGUAUAUAAGCGGGAAAACAUUAAAUUUAACAUUAAACUAUCUACGGAAAUAUGACAGCGUUUUACAGCAACUAUAUACUUGAACAGCAGACAGUUAAAUCGAUUAGCGUCGGAUUUAUUGUUCUGGUCGGUGUCGUUUUGGUAAAAAAGGUGUUCCAAAGGAAGAAGUAUAAAUUGCCUCCCGGCCCUCUUCCCCUUCCGAUUGUCGGAAAUUUGCUACAAAUCUUUCGUGUGAAGAAACGAUUCCACGAACAUUUGUUAGACAUUUCUAAACAAUAUGGCCCCGUUAUAUGGAUGAAAAUAGGCGGAUGGAAUACUGUUUUUCUAAAUGAUAUUAACGUUAUAAGAGAAGCUUUAAUGAAAGAUUAUGAUUUCGCCGGAAGACCAAAAUUCCCAUCAGCUAUGAGAAUCACUAAAGGAAAAGACAUUCUCUUUGGGGAUGUAAGUGAUGUAUGGAAAUUUCAUAGAAAAUUAGCUCAUUCGUCCAUCAGAAGUUAUGCUAGCGGGAAAAAAUUAGAUGACCUAGUGAAUCGUGUAGUUCAAAACUGUUGUGAUUUAAUGCUACAAGAAAAGAAACCAUUUGAAAUGCAUACAUUCUGUGGCUUAUUUGUAUUUAAUUGGCUUUUUGGUAUAAUAUUUGGUAAGGAAAAGGACGUUAAAGACCCUGACUUUGUUAAUUUAAAAGAUCUUACUCAAGAAGCUUUAGAUGCGUUUGCAUCAGGGUCUACAGCUGACAUUUUCCCCGUUUUAGACUAUUUGUCAUUUGGUGAGAAUAAGUUAGAUAAAACAAUUAAUAAACUUUGUCGCGUACUGGAAAGAGAGAUGAACGAACAUUUGGAAACUUUCGAUGAAAAUAACCUUAGAGACAUUAUGGAUUAUAUGAUAUGUGCUCAAAAACAAGUUAAUCUAGAAGAGAGGAAAGAAUUAUUAUCGGAUGAACAUGUUAAAAUGAUCUGCUUCGAUAUGUUUGGAGCUGGUGUUGAUACUGUUUUAAGUAGUUUACAUUGGUAUUUUGGCCUCAUCAUUCAACAUCAAAAUGUUCAAGAAAAAUUACACAAAGAAAUAGAUGAAAAAUUGGGAAGUUUGUCGCCCUCAAUCGAAUCUCGAUCGAAACUGGUUUAUACAGAAGCGUCAAUUAUGGAACAAUUAAGAUAUGGAACAUUGGCAUUACUAGGCGUUCCACUAUCGACAAUUCGUGAUACGACUGUAGGUGGCUACGAUAUACCGAAAGAUACAAUGGUUCUAAUUAAUAUCGGUGGACUUCACGAAAAUAAUGAACUGUGGGGAGACGCCGAAAAUUAUCGCCCGGAAAGAUUUAUAGCUGAUGAUGGAACUCUCAUUGAAAAACCCCGUCAUUUUAUGCCUUUUGGUAUAGGAAAGCGAAAUUGUCUGGGGGAAGUCUUAGCUAAGAAUACAUUAGGAACGGCUAUUCCUGCAUUCUUACAGAGAUUGAAUUUCUUACCCCCAGAAGAUGGACAGCCCUUCGUCGCAAAAAAUUUAGGCUCUUCUUUGGCAAAUUUAUGCGAAAAGUAUAAAUGCAGAGUGGAAGAGAGGCAUUAA